UUUGUUUUUGUUCCGAUGCCUUUUUGUUUUUGCGCUCAACUCAACCUAAAAACGCAGGGCGAAAGAGUGAGAGGGAGGCUUAAAAACAUCGGCGGUCGUUAUCGAUGUUUUUAGUGGAAUUGCAUGUACGCUUAAUAAUGGAAGCACGGCCCUGGAUAUUUUAGGGAAUUUUAGUGUGAUUUUAUGUUAUCUGGUUUUAUUUACUUUAGUUCCGGGGCUCCCCCGCGUGCACCCCCCCUCGCGGGGCGCUUCGUGCGGUUGUCGGUUACCGCGCGCUGGUCAACUCUACACCCGACCCUCUCACGUGUGUGGGUGUGUGUGCUCGGUAGUGUCAAUUUCGGAUUUUAUCGACGCCCCGAACCCACCACCACCAGUUUUGACCCCCCUCGAAACUUUUUCCCCACUCAUAUCAUCAUCCCCAAUCGAAAAAUACCCCAAAAAUAACCGUUUCUAUUUUUACUUUAACCAAUUCGAAACAAUUCUAUUAAAUACACAUAAAUAAAUCGAAGUAAUGAAUGAUAAUCACGAAUUUACCUUUAUACUACGUUAAUAGCACUUAUUAGUGCGUUAAUAACCACAAUUUCCAAGACGAGGAAACGGAUAAUUAAAAAAAAUCUUUGUGGAGAUCAACAAAACAAUUAAACGAAAUUCAUCGUAAUUAUCAUUUCUAUUUAAACCCGCUUUGUUGUCAAAUUAGAGUCAAAAUCAAAUCCAGUUGUUGCAAGCUAAGCUAGCAGAAAUGAGUUUCAAAAUCGUGCUUUUAUUCGGUUCUAUUUCCGCGAUAGUUAUUUCGGUUUUUGGUGAAAAAUGUAACCGCGAAAUAGCUUUGAUGGAAAAUUUUGAUAUCACAAAAAUGGGAGGACAUUGGAAUGUAGCAUUUAUAGGAAACGAACAAAAAGGGAAAAAGAAGUGUAUGAGAGGAACUAAUUACGCCGAAGUGGGUAAAAUAAUAAUCGAUGAAGUUGGGUUGGUUGAUGGAAUUGACGAAAACAUCGUCACAACUCUCACCCAAAUCGGGUCAACUUCCGAGUUUUUAACAGAAUCGAACGAAUACCCCCCAACUCCAUGUUGGCUCAUCUCAACUGAUUAUACAUCGUACGCAGUUUGGUUUGUAUGUAGUAAUGGGCAUAAGCAAGAUGGAAUUAUAUAUAUGUGCACAAGAGAUGUAAAUCCAAGCGAUGAAGUACUAAAAAAGGCACAAGAUGCUCUUUUAAAAGCUGGUUUAAUGAUCGGUGAUGGUUAUUUAUUCAAAAUUGAUCACUCAAAUUGUUAAAAAAUAUAAACCUUAAAUGAAAUAAACAAAAUUAGA